AGGCCAAUCUAUUUGCAGCCCAGAGCGAUAACGAGGAGUGAUGAUGACGAUACACGCUUCACACCCUUUGUUCUCUUGUAGAACUGAAAGAGUGGUUAAAAAUGACUGUUAUGAUCGAGCUCCCCUUAUUAGAGGGUUUGAGCACUCAUCAUGUCUUUUACGAUUUCCCUUCUCUUCAUGUCUCAUCACCCUUGCUAUUCUGCCGUUUGCUCGCACUCUGUCAGUACCAGAGCGACAGGGUUCACAUUUUACAUUGGCAUAGCACGGCUAUCACGUACUACACAAUCGGCGUCAUAAAGGGGGUUGGAGAUUGCGGGCUGUUAGGCUGGUGUGGGUGCAGGGAGGUCAAAAUGGAAUACCGGUUUUUUUUGGCUUCUGUCCUCGAAUACCUAACGGUCUACCUAUUUUUGUAUUUUUUUUUCUGCUUUUUUUCUCCCCAAUUGCCUCGCCCGAACCUGUCUGGUCUAGGGAUUCUUUGCAACAACGUACACGCGGGAAGAGAAUGGUCUUCCCAGUCAUUUUAUUAUUAUGCAUUUAUGUUUUCUUACUCGCAUCAAAAGUGUAGGUUAAUGGCCUAACCUCAUACUUGGCGUACCGGGUGCGGGCUACAGCGGGUUUGAGUUGAUCCUGUCUGCUGCUAUAUGACCUGUUAUACGUCAUAUCACGGCCCAAAUGGGCUUUUUGUCCUUUUUAGCUCUCUACGAGGAGAACAGCUACCGGCUUGGGGUGUUGUGGGAAAGGGGUAAAACAGGGGGUGAUGGUUGGGUGAAUGGGGAUUAUCAAGUGGUGAAGGCACG